UGGCACGCGUCCAUCUCGCGCGUUUAGGUUUGGAAAACUGCGUAGCGUGUAUCUCUUGGCCUUCGCCAUUUAUAUGUCUCUCUUUUUGCGGUCUUUCUCGAACUCUCUUUGUACCCUCAUUUUCUUAUCUAUUGCUUUCUCUCUCUACCCGCUGAGGAGGCGGGAAGCUCUCUCUCUGGUGCAGGUCUUGAUGUGUUGAAAAAGGUGUCGGUGCCAGAUGCUAUCGGGAGGAAAAGACCUAAAGUAGUCUUCACGUGUAAAAAGGUGUCGGUGUCAGAUGCUGUCGGGGGAAAAGACAUAAAGCAGUCUUCAAUAGUAUCUUGCGCUAACAAAAAGUAUCAAUAGUAUUUUGAGCUGACAAAAGGCUAAAUUUUCCUGUCUCAAAAGUUGGAGGAGUAACUUUGCUCCCAUUUGUGAUAAUGGCUGACGGCCACGAAACCGACAAGAACAUCGAGAUAUGGAAGAUAAAGAAACUUAUUAAGGCCCUGGAGGCUGCAAGGGGCAAUGGCACAAGCAUGAUCUCUCUCAUUAUGCCCCCUCGUGAUCAAAUCUCCAGGGUCACAAAGAUGCUUGGUGAUGAGUUUGGUACUGCCUCGAACAUCAAAUCUAGGGUUAACAGGCAAUCAGUUCUUGGUGCCAUCACCUCUGCCCAACAAAGGCUUAAGCUCUACAACAAGGUCCCCCCUAAUGGAUUGGUCUUAUACACAGGAACCAUAGUUACCGAUGAUGGGAAAGAGAAGAAAGUGACAAUUGAUUUCGAGCCCUUCAAACCUAUUAAUGCUUCUCUUUACCUUUGCGACAAUAAGUUCCAUACUGAAGCCUUAAACGAACUCUUGGAAUCUGAUGACAAAUUCGGUUUCAUAGUUAUGGAUGGUAAUGGCACUUUAUUUGGCACUCUCAGUGGCAACACCCGAGAAGUUCUCCAUAAGUUCACUGUGGAUCUUCCUAAGAAGCAUGGAAGAGGAGGACAGUCAGCCUUGCGUUUUGCCAGACUUCGAAUGGAGAAGCGCCACAAUUAUGUUAGGAAAACUGCUGAGCUUGCAACUCAAUUCUUCAUAAACCCAGCAAUAAGCCAACCCAAUGUUGCUGGCCUCAUCCUUGCAGGGUCUGCAGACUUCAAAACCGAGCUUAGCCAGUCGGACAUGUUCGAUCCCCGACUCCAAGCCAAGAUACUAAACGUGGUUGAUGUUUCCUAUGGUGGGGAAAAUGGGUUUAACCAGGCUAUUGAGCUCUCUUCUGAGAUCCUCUCCAAUGUGAAAUUUAUCCAAGAGAAGAAGCUCAUAGGCAAGUAUUUUGAAGAGAUUAGCCAAGACACCGGCAAAUAUGUAUUUGGGGUUGAGGAUACACUGAAGGCGUUGGAGAUGGGUGCUGUGGAAACCCUAAUUGUUUGGGAAAACUUGGACAUUAACAGGUAUAUAUUGAAGAAUAGUGCGACUGGGGAGACAGUCAUAAAGCAUUUGGGCAAGGACCAAGAGGCAGAUCAAAACAAUUUUAGGGACCCAGCUAAUUCAGCUGAGUUGGAGGUUCAGGACAAGACUUUACUAUUGGAGUGGUUUGCUAGUGAGUAUAAGAAGUUUGGGUGCACUUUGGAGUUUGUGACCAACAAGUCUCAAGAGGGAUCACAGUUUUGCAGGGGCUUUGGUGGUAUUGGUGGUAUUCUUCGGUACCAGCUCGAUAUGAGGUCCUUUGAUGAGCUUUCGGAUGAAGGAGAGAUUGACGAUGACUCUGAAUAACAAUCAUCUGUUUUGCUGGUGCACCGGGGCACCGGGCACUGGCGCCGCCCCAUGCAGCCGGUCCGGGACGUUGUAAUGCAUGAAAUAUCUUCAGAACACAAGGAGAUAAUGGGCAGCGGAGUGGCUAAUGACGGAGCUUAGCUUUGAUCAUGUUGAUGCAAAGCUUGAUAUACUCUGGUGGGUGAUGGAAAGUGGGGCUAGUCAAAACGUUUUGUCUAAUGACAUUUUGGUGCGGUGCUGAGUGCUGGGUUAUAUGUCGGUAUAAAAUCAAGUAGGCUUGAAGUCCUUGACAUUCCAUAGUAUUAUGAUGGCAUGUUAUGUGUUUACGAAGUUUGGGAUGGAGAUUUGGGUUAGACUUUCUACAUUCCAUAGUAUUAUGUUGGCAUGUUAUGUGUUUACAGAGUUUGGGAUGGAGAUUUGGGUUAGACUUUCUACUUCAGAUGGCUGGUUUUAGUUUUUUUUGUGUUUUGAAACUUCUCUCUGGGAAGUUGGUGAAGGGGUUGGUUCCCUCCCCUCCCUUUGGACUCCCUCGUGGUAUUGUUCUAUAAUUGGCCUGGUGAUUUCCUCUCUUAAAUAAAUACAUAAGAGGAUCGAGGUAGUAUACUUGAGCUUGGACAGUAGCAGUAGUGCUAUUUAGUGGUA